UAUCGAAAAUGGCAAAAGCUAAGUUGGAAGUUUCCCACUCAAAGUCAAAAGCUUCAAGACAGAUAAACACAGUGAUAAAAGGAUUCAAAUCAUCAAAUCGUCCGUCAUUUCAUCCCAUCAAAACCUCACCUUCAAAACUCGAAAUUUCAAGAAUUAUAUCCGAUUAAACAUAUAAAUAUAUAAUGCGAGCGCCCUAGAAGGCUGUGCUGGGCUUAGUAGUUUUCUACUUGUAUGUACCUGUUGUGUCUGAGUGUGUGUUGCUUAUAUAUGUUUGUGUGUGUGUGAAAGAGAAUAGAGAGAGAAAGAGUGAGUUAAAGACCACAGAAUCCCAAUGUUGCGGCUGUAUCUUGUUGGAUGGUGUUGCUCCAUCAUCAAUCAAAAUAAUACUAUAAUUAUUACUCCAUUUUGGUAAGGAUAGAUCACGGAUAAAUCAAAUCAACAAGAAAUUAAGAUCUAUGGCGGCGAAAGCAGCAGCAUUUGGUUUAGUCUCUGAGGCUGAAGAGGUUGCCCUAAUGACCACCACCUCUUGCGGUGAAGGCCAAGGCGGCGGCGCCAAGCUGGUCCGAAAGAGGGCGGCGUCGGAGAUGGAGAUGGAUUUGGACGGCGGCGAUAGGUUAAUUUGUCGGCGGACAAGCAAUUAUCCUAAUCCAUUAACCCCCAACUACUCCACUAGACCCAAUUUCAUUGAAAGCACCACCCAGCCUUUGCCCUCUCCUUUGCCUUUGCCUUCCGUGUGUGUUUUCUCCGGUCUGCCUCUUUUCCCUCCGGCGCCGGACCGAAACAGCCAGUCUCCGAUGGAGGACACGAUCGACGGCAUCAUCCGAGAUCUCAUCCACUCCUCCUCCCACGUCUCCAUCCCUCAGCUCAUCCUCAACGUCAGAGAAAUCAUCCACCCUUGCAACCCCAGCCUCGCCGCCCUCCUCGAGCAGCGCCUCCGCUCUCUCGACGACCGGAGGAGAAAGCCACCGCCCCAACAGCCACAGCCAAUCAACAACAAUGUAUUGCUCUCGCAGGUGGGGUUUGGUGCUAAUGACCCCUUGACUGAUUGGUCCUCUCCCAGCACCCACAUCCUCUUCCAUCACAACAACAUUCCUCCGACUACUAUUACUACUACUACUGCUGCUGCUACGACAGCCACUUCCUUUGUCACAAUGGACCAUGUUCUUCAGCCAGAGCCACAAGAGCAGCCCACCAACCAGAAGAGCCCAUCAUCCACAUCCCCAUCAGCCACCAUAAGGGAGAGGAAAGAGGAGCGACGGCAACAAGAGAAAGACGAGCAAGGCCUCCACCUCCUAACGCUACUCCUCCAAUGCGCCGAGGCAGUAUCAGCCGACAACCUGGAGGAGGCAAACAGGAUGUUGCUCGAGAUCUCGCAAGUGGCCACCCCAUUUGGGACGUCCGCCCAGCGCGUCGCGGCCUACUUCUCCGAGGCAAUGUCCGCCAGAAUAGUCAGCUCCUGCUUGGGAAUAUACGCCGCGCUGCCAACUGUGCCACACGCCCAGAAGCUCGCCUCCGCGUUCCAGGUGUUCAACGGGAUCAGCCCUUUCGUGAAGUUCUCGCAUUUCACAGCCAACCAAGCAAUUCAAGAGGCCUUUUCCGAGGAACCCAUUAAAUAUGCACACAGUUUACAAAACUGCUAA